UAAAGCCAAUAUUGGUAGCUAGGUUUGGAAAAAUUCUAUAUAAUGGGAGUAAUUCAAUGAGCUUAGAAAAUAUCAGAGGAGAUCAAUUUUCUGAAGCCACUUUGAGACAACUGAAGAGAUUGUUUUACACUAAUGUUCCUAAUACAUAUAUGGAAAACAUCAUGAAUGUCAUUGUGCCUAAGAUUGGAGUUGAUUUUGAAGAGGAGAAGGAUAUAUACCAUGUCAAGGUGUCUGACAUAACACGUCCAGACUCAACUAUUUCUUGCAAAUGUAGUAUGAAAGAAGAUAAAACGCUUGAGCUGUAUAAGGUUGAACUAAACCAAGUUCGUCACUUGGUUGUGGACGUAUCAUGCCUUGAAAAGGAUCUAGACCUAAGGUUGAUGCUAGGCAGUAAGAGGAUCUUAACUGCUCUCUCUGAUGACGAAUCGCAUAGUAUUAGAGAUUUGAUUAAUUCGGCAGUUUUAGAUCCAGAGGUGAAGGGUGGAUUGAGAUGGCCAAUGGGAUUGGGCUAUUAUGGGAAUAGAUACUGUGUUAUUGGGGUUUGGCACACAAAAGUGAAAUCAUAUAAAAGCCCAUCACUAAGGCUCAAGGUUAGAUAUGCUGAUCGAUCUGAUUUCAAGAGUGGAACUGGGGAAGCUACAAUGGAAACUACCCUGCAAUUGAAAAGAUUAGUUUCAGAACUACAGGAAGAAAAGCUGGAAUAUCGUUCGAUCUAUAACAUGUUCCAAGACACCAUAAGAUUGAUAUGGGACAAUUUCUUGUGCUGCGAUCAAUUUUUGAAAUAAACAACGCGAUGCAAGUGUUCCCAGCGCCUCCUGCAUUUAUAUUAAGACGUAUUUUUGUUUGGACCUGUUUUUGUGGAAGAAUAUUAUGGUAAAGAUCAAGGUCAUGUCAUGUUGAAGUAGAAAAUUUUGAGUGGUUUCUUUGUGUAUUGUUAUCAUUUUCUCCUCAUCGUUUUUUCUUCCCUUGUAAAGAGACGUUAAAUUUAUUAUAAAUUUGG